GGCUGGCCGCGAGAGCGCGGUGCGCAGGUCUCGGAGCCGGGCUGGGUGAGGUGCGUGGUAGUCUUGCGGUGCGGAGCUGUGGCCGCGGAGAACUCAGGACCGCGGAACGCGGCGCGCAGAGGUCCCGGGCUGGGCGCGGGGGAAGGGUCGGAUUCAGUUUUCCUUCGCCUGGCUGAACUGCAGGGACCGCACGGCGCCCGGGGCUCCUGCCGCAGAGCAGCAGCUGGCUCAGGCCGGGGGUCGCCGCCCGCGCUGACCGUCCGUCCGCUGCCAUGGCCGACCACCUGAUGCUCGCCGAAGGCUAUCGCCUGGUGCAGAGGCCGCCUCCGGGCGCUCCCGCCCACAGUCCUCACGCGCUCCGGACUCUGCAGCCGUACGCGGACCCGGGCCUGGACAGCGGGCUGCGGCCGCAGGGGGCUCCACUAGGACCGCCGCCUCCCCCAGCCGGGGCCUUGGCAUACGGGGCUUUCGGGCCGCCGUUCUCCUUUCAGCCCUUUCCCGCGGGGCCGCCGCCCGCCGCCGGCAGCGCGCACCUGCAGCAGGUGGCGACGCUGUACCCGGGUCGCCAGGCCGCUCCCCUGGGCGCCCCCGGAGGCCCCCCCGGCCUGCAGCCCACGCCCGGCGCCGCGGCCCCUCCGCCGCCCGCGCACGCCCUGGGCUGCAUGGACGCCGAGCUCAUCGACGAGGAGGCGCUGACGUCGCUGGAGCUAGAGCUCGGGCUGCACCGCGUGCGCGAGCUCCCGGAGCUCUUCCUGGGCCAGAGCGAGUUCGACUGCUUCUCGGACCUGGGGUCGGCGCCGCCCGCGGGCUCUGUGAGCUGCUGAGAGGCCCCGGCGCCCAAGGGGAGAAGUGGGCCUGGGUGCCCGCCGGACUCCGCAGCCGGCGGCCGGGCCCCGCGCACCCUCGCAAGAGCGGCGGCCGCGGUGAGCGCGAAAGCUCCGUAUCACGCUUGCCUCGAGGCCCUGCCUACUGCCGGAUGAAUUUGACUUCACUGCUCUGACCUGAGCCUCAGCUGUAAAGUGAAGGAGACUAUUGCGGCUCGAGGUUCUUAGAUUCUGGGUUCCGUCUCUUUCCUACCCCUCUCCAACCCCCGUUCUGAGCCAUUACAGGCCUCUGCCUGAUGUCCCCACUCCUCGAACAAGCCCCACUACCGGGAUUGGGUCCCCGGAACCACCAUCCUUGAGCCCCGACCCUUGCUGGUCCUCCAGCCUGGGGAGGGGAGAUGUACAGCCCUGACCCUUGCAGAGUGGAGCAGUGCCCCAUCUGGCCUCCAAAACCAAAAUAAAACUGGGUCACUCU